AUGGUGAGGCCUUCUCCUGAUGGUUCCGCUAUCGUUCGUCUGCACAAAACCGGCCGCCCACCCGCCACGAUCGCUAUGGACAUGGACCUUGGCAUCCACCGCAGCGUCGUGUAUCAUACACUCCAACGUUAUCGAGACCUUGGUGGACUCCAAGACUACCGAAGAAGUGGAAGACCUCGUACUGCUCGCACGCCGGAGGUCGUCGAGGCCGUCAGAAAGCGGAGAGCAAGAAACGCGACUCGGAGCAUCUCCACGAUGGCUCGCAACAUGGGAAUCUCGCAGAAGUCAAUGGAAAGGAUCAUCCACGAAGACCUUAAGAUGUACCCCCACCGUACUCGAAAAGCUGCCAUUCUCAGCGCCUCGAAUCAGCAGGCGCGAGUCAAGAAGUGCCGACAGCUUUUGCUUCGGACGCACUCGAUCGUCUUUUCGGAUGAGAAGCUCUUCACCGUCGAGCAGCUGUUCAACGCUCAGAACAGCAAUGCCUGCGCCACUCCCCACCCCAAUUUGGAUUCUCUGAAGGCAGCGCUCAUCCGAGAAUGGGACGAAAUCGACGACGUACCCCUGCGUCCGGUCAUCGACGCCUUUCUCAAGCGACUCCGCGCUGUCGUCCGUGCCAAAGGUGGCCGAAUCGAGAAGUAA